AUGUGUUCUACGGAAAAGAAGGAUCCUUUCAAGGAUGAACAGAAAAAUAUAAAAGAGGAAACUUUAUACAUUAAUGAAGAAGAAAAAAGAGAUGAGAUACCUGAAAAUAGAAGCGUUAAGAGGAAUGUCUUGAUCAAAAUUAGAGAUAUUGUAGCCCCGCUUUUAAUAACUUUUCUUUCCUUUUACCUAAGGUUUGAUGGUAUAGCCAAAAGUAGAAAAGUUGUUUGGGAUGAAGCUCAUUUUGGAAAAUUUGGUGCACACUAUAUUAAACAUGAUUUCUACCAUGAUGUUCAUCCACCUCUGGGUAAAAUGUUAAUCGGGUUAAGCGAAUAUUUGGCAGGGUUUAAUAAUACAGAGUUUAAUUUUGAAAGUGGUGCCGUCUACCCAGAUGAUGUGGAUUUUAAAACUAUGAGACAAUUCAACGCAGUGUUUGGUGCUUUAUGUGCUCCAGUUGCUUAUUUUACAGCUAAGGAAUUAAAUUUUAAUAGCAUUUUUACGGUUUAUUUGAUCAGUUUAAUGGUUUGCUGCGAAUUAACAUACGUGUGCUUGAGUAAAUUUAUUUUGCUAGAUUCUAUUUUAUUAUUUUUCACUUUUACUACUUAUCAUUGCAUGGUUAAACUAUACAAAUUAAGAAAAGAGCAAUUGACAAAAAAGUGGUGGCUUUGGCUAUUUCUGACGGGUAUUAACAUUGGAUGUGUCUGCUCUGUUAAAUGGGUUGGCUUGUUUGUUACUGCGAGUGUUGGUGUCUACACAGUCUGGGAAUUAUUUCAACAUCAUUGUGAUUCCACUCUAACUUGGAAAAAGUAUUCAAGACAUUGGUUAUUAAGAAUUAUUAACCUAAUUGUUAUUCCCUUUUUAGUUUAUUUAUUUUGUUUCAGAGUGCAUUUUACUUUGCUAUAUAAAUCUGGAGAGGGUGAUGGCGUUACAAAUUCAUUGUUCCAAGCUAACUUACAAGGGUCUAAGAUCGAUGUCACAAACACACCAAGGGAUGUCUACUUUGGAUCCAAAGUUACCAUCAGAUCACAUGGUUUGAGUCCAAGCUUGUUGCAUUCACAUAUCCAAACUUAUCCUAAGGGUUCAAACCAACAUCAAGUCACCGGUUACGGCCACAUGGAUAGCAACAAUGAUUGGAUUAUUAAAUACCCACGUUCCGAACAUGGCGAAGAAAAUUAUGGGCCCGUUUAUGAUGGUUCUUUGAUCAGGUUAUCACAUGUAAACAUGGGAUGUAACCUACAUUCUCAUGAAAUCCCCUCACACGUAUCUAAGGGUAACUUUGAAGUUUCAGGCUAUGGUAGCGAAAUUGUUGGUGAUAAAAAGGACGACUGGGUUGUGGAAAUUGUUAAACAAUUGAAGCCUGGUGAUGCAGAUUAUCCAGAAGAAGAUCCAAAUGUUCUUCAUCCAAUUUCAACCUACUUCAGACUAAGACAUAAACAGUUGGGCUGCUAUUUAACCACCACUGGGCUGACUUAUCCUAAUUGGGGGUUUAAUCAAAACGAGAUUGUUUGUAAGGAUUCAUGGAUGAAAAAGGAUAAAUCGACAUGGUGGAACAUUGAAUAUCACACAAACGAAAAGUUACCGGCACCUGAAAAGCCUUAUGUUGUCCCUAAGUCAAGUUUUUGGGAAGAUUUUGUUUUAAUCAAUUAUGCCAUGGCGUCUUCGAACAACGCGUUGGUUCCUGAUUACGACAAAUAUGACAAUUUAGCCAGUGAUGCCUGGGAAUGGCCAACGCUGCAUAUUGGACUAAGACUUUGUGGCUGGAGCUCUAUAGACAUUAGAUACUAUUUGCUAGGCUCCCCAUUCAAUACAUGGCUAUCUACUUUAUCGUUGGUCAUUUUGGUUAAUAUUUUUAUUGUGUCCUACCUUUUGUGGAAGAGGCAAGUUUUAAGAGUUGGCCAAGAGACCACGAGUGAUUUUUUCAUUAAAGGCAUCAUGCCUUUUAUAUCUUGGGCAUUCCAUUACUUGCCAUUUGUAAUUAUGGCAAGGGUUACGUAUGUUCAUCACUAUUUACCAGCUCUAUAUUUUGCUAUGUUGGUUUUUGUCUAUGUUGUAGAUCUUUCUCUUGGAAAAUUGAACAAAUUUAUUAGAGUUCCAUUGUACUUAUUAUUAUUAUGUGGAUGCUUAUACACUUAUUUAUAUUUUGCACCAUUUGCGCAAGGUAUGGAAGGUAAUCCAUCCGCGUAUGCUUAUUUGAAAUGGCUUCCAGGAUGGAAAAUUUGA